AUUUCUAAUCCGAUUAACUUUGAAUGCAUGUCCUCUUGUAAAAAUACAUACAUUUCUAUAGUUUUAUGCAGGACGUCGAAUAGUGCCUUAUCCAGAAGAAUGAACUCGAUCGGGUGGUUACGUACUUUUGAAAUAAACAAUCAGAUGUGCUUUUACAGUCAUGGUUAACUGUUGCUGUUUGUUUUAACAAAUCUCUUUUGCACGUACGCAGCCACCACUGCACAUGCGAGAGGUAACCGAGAAUGCUUAUCAGUAGGAAGACAGACAGCAUUGUUGCAACAAAUGCACCCAUUUACUUAUUGUCAAGUUAAUGCUUUCCCUUUAAAUCAGUGGCGGUCUCAAUAGUGCGUGUGUUGGUUGUGUAUCUGCAUUAUAAUGGAUCAUGUUACUGUUGUGCAACAUUUGGUGGUGUUGCAACAACUGUGUCUUAUAAACUUGUGUUCGCUUCCCCCAAAGCCAUCGCAGCGUUUAUUGCAAUUCUGCCAAGUGCAUGCAUCGUUUUCUCAAUUAUCCACUUACAUUAAGGACAAAAUUAACAAUACUUAUGUGCUUUCAUGAUUGGAACCUUUGCGUUUAAAUUGUAUUGCUAUUAUUAACGUAUUUGUGAUUUACAUGCACCUUGUCUGGAGGAAUAUGCAUUAACAGUGUUGUUGCGAUUAUAAAAGACUACCAUCACCCUUUAAAUCAUCCGAGGCGUCAGAUUGUUUAUUGAAAGGCAAAAACUGGUACACUCAAUACUUGCCAUAUCCAGAGAAUAGCUCGCCGCAUGUCUGUUGGAUUUGCACUUUAUUUUAAGGCACAGCAGAGAGUCCACAAACACUGACACGAUGAGGCCUAUGAGUGUCUCCUUACUCACGGCACAUGCUCAGUCAUGUCUGUGGCUCCUGAACCUUUGCACGCAUGCAGAAAUGAUCCUAUGGGGAAGAAAGGUGAAAGAGUGUUGCGUAGUUUAAAAAAUGUUAUAAAGUAAUCACCGUAGUCCGUGUACUACAGUUAAGAGCUGGUACUGUCUGCUACUCUAUCGUACUUAUUAGGGGUUACAAUGUCUGCCUUCUGUAAAGGUUUUAAAGGGUUUCUUUUUAAUGAAAGUUGAUUGGUUUCUAUUUCUGACGUCACCAGGGAGUGAAAGUGUUCCAGUUCAAAAUGUAGAGGAUUUUCAUCUUUCAUUCAAAAACAGUACAUUUUACACAAUAUCAAUACAAUAUUUUAUCAGAACAAAAGAUGCACUGUUGUUGCUAUUCAUUCUGUAUCCAAUUUCUUCUUUUCACGUUUAAGUUGCUUCUGCAUGACUUUGCAUUUGUUUUUUCUGUGCUUAUUGGCCGCACAUAUCAGGGUUUUGGCAUUCUUUGACUUUAUUCAGGUGUGGAUGGGGUAAUGUUUGGUUCCUUCUUACAGGACGUUUCCCAGUGACGGAAUUUCCCGCAUGACCCAUGCAUGUGCUGUAAUUUACAGCGCCCGCAUGGAAGGGGAAAGGCCUUAUAUGGUCGCGGAAGUGGGUGUGGCCAUUCCAGGACAGUAGGAGAUCACAAGACUGAAAGAGAAAUGUUGUUCAAUAACGUUACUCAACAUACGAGUAAACUAGACAGUGUUGUAGGGGUUUUGAUUCGCAUGUGAUUGCAAUACUAGCGAAAUCGCGUGCAAUUUUAAAAUAUCUGUCCCGCCAUUUUCUCAAAGUAGUCCUCCAUUUCUCUGUGGUUUGUGCGCGGAUCUACCUCUUGACUUGAAUAUUACUCGAGUGAGGUCAGCAUAGCAUGACUCAAUCGUGGAUAAGCAUGCAGUCAUUUUUGGACUGUUGCAUUGGCCAUUCAGCUCAUGGAUCAUUCACUUGUUCUUAGGACGAACUCACGAGCACGUAUGCCAUGGAAUUAGUGACUGGAUAAUCCAUUUUCUGCAACAAAGGACUUCUGGUAAAUAGCGCUGAGCUGGCCGCUCUAGGAAAGGGGUCCAGGAAGGGAGUAUUCGCAAACAGCAUGGACGUGUAUCAAAACGUAGUGAGCUGUCUGCGUAGACGACAUUUAAAGAGGCGUGAUUUUGCAUUCCAUGUGCCCUGUUUUUGCAGUUGUUGGAUUAUAAUGCACAUAUGCCUGUUGACGUUUUUUUCGACGGCGUGAGCGUUGUGCUUUUUAAUCUCGUUUUAAGUCAUUGGCAGUUUAACUUUUAAAAAAGCGCCCAUCCCUUGCUCCGUUUAGUUGAACCCAAUACGUGUCCUGGGCGAACGACCCCAAAAAAGCUCCGAAUGCUAUGUAUGUAGGCAGCUCACCAAGUUUUGGGACGCAGCCACUUUUUCCUCUUAAGGGGGAUUUUUACCCAUAUGUCUGAGCUCGAGCAUGUGCCUCUACUCCGUUCGUACAUAGUUCAAAUUAAGAAACAGGUACGAUUAGGUAACUGGAUUGACGUUACAAGCCUAUUAAACGGGUUACCUUGUCAACCGCUAAAGCUGGAUCGUGUGAAAAUGCACCGUCGUUGUUCCUUAUUUUUUGUUUUGGUAAUGACAUCGUUUUUGCAACAAAGUAAAACAACGUCCUACGUUAAUGCAAAACACUAAAAUUGUACAGCAUGUUGUUCAUGUCAAAACGCGUUGGCUGAAUUUGUCCUAUAUCGGGUUUUUAUUUUUUGACGGCGAUUUGGUUGAUGCAACUGUUGUUUACGUCCUCGUACUAGCAGAGUUUUAUCAUUAUUGUAUUGCGCCAAUCCUGACAAGACUGCAGCUUUUAGAUGACUGCUCUGAGUUGUAUGUGUUGUCUUUAAUAUUGAUUUUUACUUGAGCCGAUCUCUACAUAGCGCAGAAUGAUGCGAGAAUGAAUGAGCCUUUUGUAACAUGCUGCGACUCUGCAGAAUACUCACUGUUUUGCUGCUUCCUCACUGUGACCGUGGGUUUAGAUGGAUUAUUGUCCCAGUGAUGUUAAGAGACCACUGAUUGAUCUCCUUUAGAAGAAAAUAGAAACAGAAUUUAAUUUGGUGUACACACAUUGGUUAAAUGGCAAUAAUAAUAAUAAAAAAGAACUUUUAUUAAAAAAUGAAAGUUGUAAAUAUUUUUAAUCGGUAGGCUGAGAUCUCAGUAAUGCGAUUGCUGCAAUAGGAAACAUACAAAUACAUGGUACAGAUAUAUAAAUGCAACAUUUAGAUUUAAGUCAAUUUAGAAUAAGAUUAUGAACAACAUUUGGUGUGAUCAAUUUCUAAUGUGGUUUAUGGGGAAUCCCCUUUAAACCCCUCUCUCAUUGUGAAAGUAAUGUUGGUAUAUUGUAAUGCAUCAGUGGGAUGUGUACAACUGUUAUUUUCUCCUCAUCUGCCACACUAUUACUCUUUUUGUCUGCAAACACACUGAAACCCCAAAGUCCCACUUUCCCCUGACAGGUAGUUAGCAGUCACGCAUCUGUUACUUUGAUGCAUUGGUUCCCAAGAUUAGUCAUUAGUUUCUUUCUGUGCAAGAUUGCACAAACUGCCUUACAUUUUUUUAUUUUUACAUUUUUGUUACCUCAACCGUGUCACUUUUUUAACCUGUAUGUGCACUGGAAGCUUCUGUUAUUAAGACCAAUAUCAUUUUGUGUCCAAGCAUACUUGGCAAUAAAGGUCUUUCUGAUUCUGAUAAAUGUUUGUCACAAAUGUUUUUUAUCAUGGACAAAAUGCUGUUUUUUUAUUUUUUUAAUCAUUUUUGAGAGCCUCAUUCAUGACAUCGCUGACAAUUGAAUAGAAUCUCCCACUGAGCCCAAAAGACUGACUCUAAAGGCUAACCAUACUAUUUUUCACCACUUUCUUCUCAGGUUGCCUGCCAUGAAUGAGGAGAAAGCUAACCUAAAGAUCUCUCAACUCUGUUUGAUAUUCCAGGAGCUGAAGAACUGGCAUUGUAGAUAAAACAAAUAGACAUGUUAGAGGCACACUGUACUGAACCUGUUAUUACUGCACAACGGAUGCUGCAGUUUGAUAUCUUAAAGGUUACUCAUAUUCUUACCAUGUUGAGUAGAUUUGGAUGACCAUUAACCUGCAAAAAACGUAACGGCAAAGUCAGAGCGAUACUCUCAAGACUUUUUGUUAUUUUGGAGAUUACUUUGUGUGGUUUGGGGGUUUGAACUUUUGUCUCCUGGACCACCCACUCCAACCAUCAUCGGUACCUUUAUGAAAGUCAUGAGCCUGCAGCCUCAACCGAAACCAAACGCAAAGAGAACAGGAAAACGUAUCACUUUCUUCAAAGACCAGGGUGUGGCAAUGAAAGAGACAUCUUCGCACACACAGGCCUCGGCAUACUAUGGGAUCGGGGUCCCUCCCUCAGGGCCAGGUCACAAUGACAGAGUGGGUGUGGAAAGCUCCAGUGCAGAAGUGCCACAUAUGUACCUCAAUUCUGUCAUUUUUAGCCCAGAGAAGGGCGAUCAAAGCCGUGGGCACUACCAACAGACAAUGCCCAUGAAGUGGCCACACCAAGACCCAUCCUUGCAACCUCAACAGAGACCAAACACUUGGUCACAAGGUAUGACAGCUUGGCCCCAGAACUUUGCCCCAUACUUGGGGGUCCAGCCUGCUUUUGCAAAACAAAUUCAUGAGGGCAUGCCUGUACAACAACAACAACAACAAUCUGAACCCUCGGCUAUUAGAGCCACCGAUAAACUAGGGGCUGGUGCAGAGAGCUUUAAAACUGGACGGAGCAUGGACUGGGAGCAACAGGAAACCUUUCAACAGACACAAAAGCCUGUAAUGUUAAAUCCACAACAGCACAACCAAUCCGCUGCUGGGAAUUCUGUGUUGCAACCUUUUCAGAUAGCUUUCGGACAGCCCAAGCAGAACUUAGUAGCCGGUCGCUAUAAGGUAGUUCAGGGCAAUCGGACCUUACCGAAUCUGAAUUACAGUACGCAGGGAAAUUCCCAACCCCAGGAGCAACAGCAGCUGAUGCAGAGGCAGAUGAUGCUCCCACCACAGCGGCAACAAAUGCAGCAGAUGCUUGAGGAUCAGAUACGGCAACAGUCGCAGCAGCAACAGGGUUUUCAGCGUCAGAAAGCACCACAACAUGUACCACAAAUGCAACAUCGAGCACAACCACCAAACCAGACACAACCACAACAACAGCAGCAACAACAACAACAGCAGCAGCAACAACAACAACAACAACAACAACAACAACACAUGAUUCAACUGGACUUGGUACGACAGCAACAAAAAUCAGAACAGGCUCAUCAGAACCAGCACGUAGUGGAAAAUUACUGUAAUAGCCAGCAAGCCCACUCAGUCGAUCAGAAUCACCCUUUACUAAAAGGGCAGUCCCAGGAGAUGCCUGAUCCUCCUUCGACCCAGGCCCCUGAGCUGAUCCCCCAUCCUCCUUCAACCGUUCUCCAGCAGUCCAUCGAGACUCAUCAGCCUGGGCCCCGAAGAUCACGCCGGCUUUCUAAAGAAGGUGGAGCCCCGGUCUCGGAUAACCCAUUUGUCAUGCCAACUGAUCAUCAUACCCAAGGCUCACAAAACGGGGCUUCAGAGACCAGUGCAGUGCAAGACAUCAGGGCUGCUCCGACAGGUGUAAUUCAGAGCACAAGGCGUAAGAGGAGGGUCUCACAAGAGGCUAAUCUAGAAACCUUGGCUCUGAAGGCUUCGGAAAGGGAAUCUCUUCCCGCACGUAACGUCAAGCAGGAGCCCCACAGACCCUGGAGUCCCCCAGUGGCCCCGUCUGGUCCAGGUCGAGGAGCGACUGAGAUGGAUCAAGGCAGUGCCAAGAGGCCCAAAGAUGACAGCCUCAUGCCAUUGGUCAUUCCUGUCUCUGUGCCAGUGAGGCAGACCUCAUCUCCGGACCACGAGCCGGCCUCUCUCUCAGCCAGCUGGCCAAGGCGGCCUUUGGGCUCUCACGACAUGAUCUCCGAUUACAAGACGUCUGUGAUUGUUACGCGACGACGCUCAUUGCGUAACUCUUUGUCUGAAAGCUCCGGCCAGAAUGGUGGAACAGAGAGCGGAAAUGAUACCGAUGGCAAAUCAGCCAAAGUCAAGCGACGACCUCGUCCAGAACCGCUCUUCAUUCCUCCACCUAAACUCGGCACUUUCAUCGCCCCACCGGUUUAUUCCAGCAUCACGCCAUACCAGAGCCAUCUACGUUCACCUGUCCGCAUGGUCGACAACCCUCUCAUAAUGCCUCCUUAUACUCCGCCGCCCAUUCUCAGCCCUGUUCGAGAGGGCUCAGGUCUUUACUUCUCCACCUUCCUUUCAGCUGCUGCCGCAUCCGUAGCAGCGAAUAUUCAGGGGCUGCCUCCCCCUGCCACGCCCAAAUCUGCCACCCGCAGCCUCCUGCGCUCCAAUAGCAGUGAUAUAACACCUCCGGUGCUCUCUGCUAUGACUGAAGCUACACCUGUCAGCAUUGAGCCCCGUAUAAACAUUGGAUCUCGGUACCAGGCAGAAGUUCCAGACCACAGGGACCGUUCGGCAGUGCAGCACGACCUACACAAAGCUGAACUGUUGUGGGUGCCAUUGACUGACUUAGAGGCCAGCACUCAGCAACCGCAGAGAGUGGACGAGCUCAUGCACCUGGCAUGCUCAAGUGCGUUGUGUGGAGGUGGGACCAAUCAGGAACUUGCCAUGCAUUGCCUGUAUGAAUGCAAAGGUGACAUCAUGGGGGCUCUCACCUGUCUGCUGUUAAAAAAACCCAUCUUUCCCAAAUCACACCCUCUAGUCGACUACCACUACUCUGGCUCCGACAGCUGGACGCCCGAAGAAAGACGAUUAUUCAACAGAGGCAUUGCUGCUUAUAAAAAGGACUUCUUCAUGGUCCAGAAAGUGGUGAGCUCCAAGACAGUGGCUCAGUGUGUGGAGUUUUACUACACGUAUAAGAAGCAGGUGAAGAUCGGCAGGAACGGAACGCUCUUAUAUGGAGAAGCAGAGCCACCGGAGACUAAACCUACAGCAGAGGAGGAAGUGGACAAUAAAAGUUCACAGAAAUUUGAAUCACGGAAAGAAGAGGAGGAUAGCAGGAAGUGGGAAGGGUCAUGUGACGGAAGACAAGAAAACAGCCCGGGCAGGGUGACACAAUCUUUACAGGCCACUGAAAAUGCUGCAGCCGUUCUGGUCUUAAGAAAUCAAGCGGACAGCACGAGUGAUCCGUCCACAAUGGUCAGGCAAGGGCCAGCACCACCAUCUAAACCUCGUCCCGACACCACGGGUCGGAAGAGUGGGUCUGGCAACACAGGAAAGGGAAGUAACCCGGAGGGUGAAUUUCCCUGCAAGAAGUGCGGCAGGAUCUUCCUCAAAGUGAAGAGCCGCAGCGCUCACAUGAAGAGUCAUGCUGAAGCCGAAAAGAAGCAGGCUGCACUCCUGCAGCGGGAGGCCGAACAGCGGGAGGCUCAACAGCAGGCGGCAGCUGCGUUACUGGCCGCCCAGCAGAAAAGAGCGAUGGGGAAUCAGGACAGAACGAGGAGAGCGAGCAGCGAUGAUUCCUCAGAGGAAGAGGAGGACGCAGAUGAUGAAGACUGGCACUAGCUAAUGCUCUCCCUCAUACAGACUGACUUUUAUUUAUUUUUAUUUUACCAGCCAACAAGACCGUUCCCAAAACAGUUUCAGGGAUUGGCUUACUCCCUUUGUGUGUGUUUGUGUGUGUGUGUGCGUCUGCGUGCAUGCAUGCUUUACAUGAGUGUAUGAGAGAUUUCAAGAGACAGAAAAAUGCUUAAGCAGGAUUCAGGGGUUCAGAAAUAGGGCUAUUGGGAGUGUAAGCCAUGCCAUCUCAGUGUGACUGUGUGAGCGUGAAUGUGUGCGUGUGUCUUUAUAAAUGCACUUUUGGACUCAUCCAACACACACUGACUGGACCACAGCAAAUGUCUCCGAAAUCUGUGCAUAUAAUUCACUUAUUGUUAUUCUGUGAAAAGAUACAGUAUGGAUUCAUUGCUGUGGAUGCGAAAGGACACAAAACAGAAGCGAGUGGAGGACACUGUGUCUGUGUGGAAUUACUUUCGGGCGAGUUUAGGCUUUUCUUUAUGUUUUUAAAUGAAAAUUAUGCUAUAUUUCUCUUCCAUGUGACUGCCAAAUGCUUGAACAACUGUGUAAGCCGGGUCUCUCUGAUCUCUAGUGCUGUAAUUUUGGGCUUUCUGUUCCGAAUAUUUUAAAGGAAUAGUUCACCUUAAAAAAUGGUUUUAUUUAAUCUCCAUAAUGAUAUUAUUGCAGUCUUUUCUUUUUUGGUACAUAAAAUGAGAUUAAGCUACAUUUCCUGGUUGCUCUUUUUUUAUACAGUGAAAGUGGUAACACUUUAUAACAAGGUUGUUUUUAUUAACAGGUAGUUAAUGCAUUAGCUAACAAUUAAGAAUACUUUUGCAGCAGUUAUUCAUCUCAAUUCAUGUUAAUUUCAGCAUUUACUAAUACAUUAUUAAAAUCAAAUGUAACUCUUAACAUUAGUUAAUGCACAAUGAACCAACAUGAACAAUUGUACUGGCUUUAAAGGGACAGUUCAACCAAACAUGAUAAUUCUGUUAACAUUUACUCGCCCUCAAGUUGUUGUCAAACCUUGUUGUCGUCAAGAUGUUGCUGACUGAAAACUGAUGGUGCCCAUUUACUUUUAUGUAGCAUCGGUUUUCUGUUAUCAACAAAACAUCUUUUGUGUUCAGCAAAAGAAAGACAGACGGGUUAAAAAUGAUAAAAGGUUAAGUAAAUGAAAUCUGAAUUUUCUUUUUCCACUUUGAUUAAUAAAUGUGCUAAAAACUAUAUUGCUAAUUGUUUGUUCAUGUUAGCCAAUGCAUCUACUAAUGUUAACAAUCAACAACCUUAUUGUAAAGUCUUAACCAUAAAAGUUAAUAGUUAGUGGGACUUUGAUGCUGUACAUGAAACCAUUAAAAUGCAAGAAUUAAUAGAGUUUACAUAUCGAAUGUUGGCCAGUGUUUUCAUCUGUUCUUUAAACCCAGCUAUCAUAUGGCUUUAAAAUUGUAUAUAAUGAAAGUCGUUCAAACUACUAAUUAAGCAUAUCCUUGUCCUUUCUUGAGCUUGUUCUGAUUGUACAUUUCUCUGUGGAAAAGGGCAGUUCUGACAUUUGGCUGUUAAACUAUAUUCUCUUACAUAUUUGGAACAACACGAGGGUUAGUGUUUAUUCUGGGCUGAGCUAUUCCUUUAAUUUGAGACGGUCAACUCGCUGAUGCCUUCAAUGUUUUCGACAAUUUCUAUCUUUGACAAUCACUUUUACAAUAUUUCCUUUUUAUACUCCACAGACUAUAAUGGUUGUCCCUGAUAUAAUCAUUUAUUGUUAUUUUAAUUGUUACUAUUUGCUUUGUACUGUUUUAUUAUGUUUAUUUGGAGGGGGUGGUGGUUCUUUUUCUCAUUUGACUUGAAGUUUUGGACAUUUACUACCUGUGGUCGCUGAGAGCAUGAUUAUAUGAACCUGACUGAUGCAAGUGCAAUAGCAAUAGUGACUUUGAAUUCCUCAGCCACUCCACUUCUUUAUUUUACUCUCAGAAUCUUUGAACAAAAGUGUUAUGAAAUAAUCAACUUAUAUUUUUAGAACAAAUCCUUCCGUAUCUAUUUAUUGGCACCGAUAUCUGUCGGCUGCGGAGUUGAACUGCAGUUGCACACGUCUUGGAUUUGUCUCCGCUGGCCAAACACUUCUUGGCUUUGUCUCCAUGGCAACAAAGAGUCUUCUCUGAAAGGAUAGACAAACAGGGAGUUCACAGCUAAGAGAAAACGGCUCCAAUUAUUCCUGAUCAAGAUGAAGUGUUCUAUGCAGUGUGCGUUUUGUUUGCAAGCGUGUCUGUUUAUUUACACGGGUGUGCAUGCGAGGUUGUGUGUUGGUGAUGCAACGAUAUUCAAAACCGUUUCAAACUUGAAGCCAAGUGAGAAAAAGAAGCUUCUUGGACUAUUUAAUGUUUUUUAUGUUGAAAAAUCUAUAUAUUAUUAUAUAUACUUGUUCACAUGUGUGUAAAGACAGAUCAGCUCUAAUAUGAAGACCGGGCAUUUGUCAAAAUAACUUAGCCAAGCUUUGUAUUAUUGAUGUUGUUUGGCUAUGAAUAUUCAAAUAUUAUAAUGAAUUUAGGGUGUGUUGUGAGGGUUGCAACGUCUUUCAUUCAGCCAAGGGAAAUUCUUAUGUAGACUGUAAAGUAUGGAAAAGGCUAAAAACUGUAUGCACACUUUCUAUGCUAUUUUCAUAGGGGCUUGUACACUAAUGAUGUAUGUGGAAAGAAAUCUGAAGUGCUUUUUACUACAGUCUAACUUAUUGUGUUUCAAUUGUGUUUUUCUCACGUGUUUUAGAAUAAUAAAUAUGAAAAAAACACAAUAAAA